AUGUUGCACGUGAACAACGCUAGUCUACAGUAUGGCGGCUCCAAGAAGCGCGUCAAGAUCCACCCCUCCAGCGUCACCGUCAAAUACGCCACCCACUUCCCUCAGCCGGGGGACGAGGGCUACGACGACGCGCCGUCCUUCGAGGACUUUGGCACCUUCCGGGACCAGACGCCCGGGGGACCUCGGAGCCUCGUCACCGACCGGCACGGCAGGACGUUCUUCGGCUCCAUGGACACCCAGCCGCGUUCGCCGGGCUUCUGUGGUGGCGGUGGUGGUGGUGGGGCAGGCGACCGCGACGGUGGCGUGGGCAGUCAGCUGGCCAGCUUCGGGGAGGCCAACGUGCUGGCGUCGCGCGUCACCUGGGGGGCGUUGUUUGGGGCGGCGGUGGCGCACGGAUGCGUGGCGCUCAUCACGAGGCUGGCGGCCGACAGAUCCAACGUGCCCUCGCUGGAACUCAUCUUCAUACGCUCCGUUAUACAGGUGCUGUCAGUGGUGGUAGUGAUGUACCGGCGCGAGGCGCCCUUCGGCCCCAAGGGCUACCGGCUGCGCCUCUUCUUCUACGCCGUCUGCAACGUGCUGUCCAUCACCUGCGCCUACACCUCCUUCGCCAUCGUACCGCCGAGCAACGGCACCAUCAUGUGGCGCGCCAGCACCACCGUCUUCAGCGCCGUGCUCGCCUUCCUGCUGCUGGAGGAGCGUCUGGGCUACACCGACCUGGUGACGGUGGUGGGCAGCGUCUUCGGCCUGUGCCUGGUCAUGGUGCCCAACAUCGCCGAGAAGGAGGCCUCCACGCCGCUGGGCUUCUGGAAGGAGGCCUUCGGCUACACCAUGACCGUCAUGGCGGGGCUGACGGCGGCCGGCGCCAUGAUCGUCUACCGCGCCAUCAAGGACCGCGUCAGCAUGUGGACGGCGCUCUUCACGUUCGGCUGGACGGGCACCGUGUGGGGCGCGUCCACCAUGUUCGUCAUGCAGGAGCCCAUCGUCCCGCUGGACGGCGAGACCUGGGCCUACCUGCUGGCCAUCACCUGCUGCUCCACCGCGGCCUUCCUGGGCGUGUACUACGCCCUCAACAAGUUCCACCCGGCGCUGGUCAGCACCGUGCAGCACCUGGAGAUCGUGGUGGCCAUGCUGCUGCAGCUGGCGGUGCUGCGCAUGGUGCCGUCGGCCUACGACGUGCUGGGCGCGCUCGUCAUCAUGGCCAGCGUGUUCACGCUCACAGGGUUCAAGCUGUACUGGGUGGGGCGCGCCAUACGGCAGGAUUACGAGGAGAUCCUGGAUUCGCCGUGA